UUGAAUGGCCUUAAUAAUUGCGUCUUUUCAACCAAGUGAGAGACGACUUGGCGUUUACUGAAUUCACGAGAAUGACAAACAAAAUUCAAACUCAAUAGCAUAUUUCUUUGUUAGCAAAUUGUAAACUAAGCUUCCUUGGUUGCAUUGUGGAUCUCUCUUUGUGUGUCAAGUCAAGUGCAGGAUGGGUAGUUGCUUCUCUAUCCAAAUAUCAGGCGAUUCAGUACUGGACAGUGUUGGUAGCUGCUUAUGCGGAGAGGGCAAUCCUAUUCGUAAUCUUAAGAAGAAUUUGGUGGCUCUGGAGAAAGCCAUGGUAGAACUCAAGGCAAGGCGAGAUGAUGUGUUAACAAGGAUCCGAUUUAGAGAAGCCAAAGGUCAACGAAGGCUAAGCUAAGUCCAGGUAUGGCUUACUAGUGUUGAGACCAUCGAAAACCACUUUGAUGAUCUAAAUAAUAAUAGAACUAUGGAACUCCAAAGGUUGUGUCUUUCUGGUGUUUGUUCAAAAAACUUAAUAUCUAGCUUCCAUUAUGGGAGAAGGGUUUCUAUGAUGCUGAGAGAGGUUGAGGAUCUUCUCAAACCUAAUGGAGAUUUUAAAGCUGUUGCGGCUGAAGUUGUUGUGACUGGAUGUGUGGUGGAGGAAAGGCCUCUACAGCCAGUAAUUUUUGGUCAAGAAACGAUGCUGGAAAGGGCGUGGAAGCACCUUAUGGAUGAUGAGACUGCAAUUAUGGGCCUCUACGGUAUGGGUGGAGUAGGAAAAACAACUCUUCUCACACAGAUAAACAAUAAGUUUCGUGAGGCAGUUGAUGGUUUCCAGAUUGUCAUUUGGGUUGUGGUGUCUAGUGAUCUACGCGUUGAGAAGAUUCAAGAUGAUAUCGCUAAGAAGUUAGGCCUUCGCGGAGAGGAGUGGGACAUGAAAGAGGAAAUAGAUAAGGUCACUGAUAUACAUGCUAAGUUGAAGAAUAAAAAAUUUGUCUUGUUAUUGGAUGACAUUUGGACGAAAAUAGAUUUAACAGAAAUUGGAGUCCCAUUUCCGACAAAGGAAAAUGGAUGCAAAGUAGUAUUCACCACUCGUUCCAAGGAAGUAUGUGGCCGCAUGGGGGUUGAUGAUCCAAUGGAAGUCCAAUGUCUAACAGACAAUGAAGCGUGGGAUUUGUUCAAGAGAAAAGUCGGACCACUCACGUUAAAAAGCUACCCAAGCAUUCCUGAACAAGCAAGGAAAGUUACCAGAAAAUGUUGUGGGCUACCGUUAGCUCUCAACGUCAUUGGCGAGACCAUGUCAUGCAAGAGAACUAUACAAGAAUGGGAUCUUGCUGUUCAGGUUUUGAAUUCGUAUGCUGCAGACUUUUCUGGCAUGGAAGACCGAAUCCUUCCUAUUCUAAAGUAUAGCUAUGACAACUUGAAGAGUGAACACAUCAAGUCAUGCUUCCAGUAUUGCUCUCUUUUUCCUGAAGAUUAUUUGAUAGAAAAAGAGAAGUUGAUAGACUACUGGAUUUGCGAGGGAUUCAUAAGUGAAAAAGAAGAUAGAGAAAGAAGAGUAAACCAAGGUUAUGAUAUAAUUGGUACCCUUGUCCGUUCAUGUUUGCUGCUGGAGGAAGAAGACAACAAAUCAAAGGUGAAAUUGCAUGAUGUGGUGCGUGAGAUGUCUCUAUGGAUAUCAUCUGAUUUUGGAGAAAACAGAGAAAAGUGUAUCGUGCGAGCCGGUGUUGGGUUAUGUGAGGUACCGAAAGUCGAAAAGUGGAGUGCUGUCGAAAAGAUGUCACUGAUGAUUAAUAAGAUUGAAGAGGUAUCUGGUAGUCCCAAUUUCUCCAAACUAACAACUCUAUUCCUCCAAGAAAACAUGCCAUUGGCAAGUAUCUCAGGUGAAUUCUUUAAGUGUAUGCCAAAACUAGUUGUUUUGGAUCUAUCUGAGAACUUGGGUCUUAAUAGAUUGCCGGAGGAAAUAUCAGAGUUAAACUCCUUAAAAUAUCUUGAUUUGUCAAGAACAAUGAUCUUGCGACUACCUGUUGGUCUCUGGAAGUUGAAAAAGCUAGUACAUUUGUACCUAGAGGGUAUGAGGGAUCUUCUGAGUAUGGAUGGAAUAUCUAAGUUGUCAAGUUUAAGAACAUUAAAGUUACUAGGUUGCAAACAACUUAGGUUUGACAAAAGCUGCAAGGAGUUGGUUCUCUUGAAACAUUUAGAAGUUCUAACCAUUGAAAUCAAGUCAAAAUUGGUUUUGGAGAAACUGUUUUUCUCACACAUGGGGAGGAGAUGCGUUGAAAAGGUUGUUAUCAAAGGAACAUGGCAAGAAUCUUUCGGAUUCUUGAACUUUCCGACUAUUCUUCGUAGCCUCAAAGGUUCUUGCUUCUUAAGUCUCUCUUCUGUGGCUAUAAAAGAUUGUGGUGUAAAGGAUUUGAAGUGGUUGUUGUUCGCUCCAAACCUUAUACAUCUAACUCUGGUGAAUUUAUUGCAACUAGAAGAAGUAGUGAGCAUAGAGGAAGCUGAUGAGAUGCAGGUACAAGGUGUUGUUCUUUUCGGAAAACUAGAAACUCUACUGAUGAGUGACUUGCCUGAGGUGAAGAGCAUCUACGGGACUCCCCUGCCAUUUCCAUGUCUGAGGGAAAUGGACAUAGAACAAUGUCCGAAACUUGGGAAGCUUCCGCUCAGUUCCAAAAGCGUCGCUGAAGUUGAAAGGUUUGUUAUAAUAUACAGAUCGGCAGAUUGGAUAGAAAGGGUUAAUUGGGAGGACGAAGCCACGAGACUCCGUUUCCUGCCUUCACGCAGAAUGGAAGACAACCCAGAGAGGCAUCUUGAUUUUCUAUAAACCAUCAAACCGCAUCUCUUCCAUAGUGCACUUUUCAAAACUAUCAGACAAAUAGAUACGUGUUCCAGACAUGUUACUCUCCUCUUUUUUUUGCUUCCUCUCUGUCAGUUGAUUUGUAUCAAACUUCUUUUUUUCUGCAAACGUUGUGGUUGUGUUUUGAAGUGUGAGUGUGUGUGUUCAUUGUAAUAUAUGAUACAUUGAUACUUGAAGAUGGUCUUAUCUUCUGACAUUUUUUUUCGAAUAAAUAAAAAUGGCGGGUGCCACCUUAAUGGGAAAAUAUCAACGGCUAGAUUUGUUAACUCAGUCAACGGUUUGCUGAGAAAGAAAAUACGCAAUCCACUUUAUUGCAUCUCCUCCUUCUGCAACUCUCUUUGCUUCGAUCCAAGUACUAGCUCUCUCUUUUUUUGCUUUAUCUAAUUCUUCAGUAGCAUUCUGUGUACAUAUGUUUCUCUCUGUUUGUGUAUGUCAAAUGUAUGUGAUCUGUGAACCACACAGAAGGGACGACUGAAAAAGGUAGCCGCCGGAUUCUCCGCUUCUCUUCCCUCCAUUAACUUCAGUCUUCAUGCUUCUGCCAUCCCUCAGGAGCUGGUACUGAAUCCCAAUUUGGUCUAAAAACUGAUGAUACAAUGGCUCUUGCUUGCUUUAGUUCUUAGAUGAACACUGUUGUUUUAUGGUUGAUACAUAAUUGUUAAAUGUGAAAUUUAAGAAACAAACUGUGUUUUUGAUGUAUGUGUAACCUUGUUCAUGGAUGAGAUGGGUUACUUUAAGUCCUGAGCUGUAUAUUUUUUGCUGGGAUGCUUUACUUUUUCCCCUAGGUGAGAACAAUGAGCUAGAUGAUCUAUCAGCUUUUAGCGAGAUUGUUCCUGAUACAGUCUUUUUUUCUAUGACUUUGAGAGGCAAGUUACAUCUCUACUUCAUGAAACUUUAGUUACUGCUAUAUCAUUAAACCAGAGUCAGAAAGAUUGUAUUGAGUUUUUGUCUGGAUCGAGGAUACAAGUAAUGCUAAAGUUAACAUUUUAAUCUCUUUAGGAUUGGGCUCGUAACCAUUCAGGAGAUACAGAGAUUGAAACUGACACCGAAUCCGGAGAAGAUCCCAGUUUGGCCUUGGUUAAAUGAUCAUAUAACUACAUUCACAAGUAUGGUUACAAGUCCAAGCAUAUGGCUGCUGCUCUCCCCAGCUUUGACCAUUCAAGAUUCUGAUUCCAUUCUAACUCUUCAGUGUUAUCCUCAGUCUCAGGGUUGAUUAUGUCAUUGCUCCAUUAAAGGUACUUCAAUCUCUCAAAGACUCACCUGCCAUUCCAGAUGAUGAAAAAUACUCCGUUCGGAAACUUUCUCCUGAUACUGCAGCACACUACAACUUCACCAACAAAUAGGUUAGUUCUGAUCACUAAACCUAACGAGCACUUCUGGUUAGCUCAACCGCUGUCUAAUCUUUUUUGUCAGCUGGUGUGGAAGGUUAUGCGAACCAAGCGAAACGUGUUGCAGAGCUCUUUAGGAAGAUUUAGCUACAUCCGAAUGUCUAAAACGAAGUUUUUAUCUUACUAAGGAUGUCAGACAAUAUACUGUUACAUUUGCGACGGAUUGUUCUCAGUUGGUGAAGAUGGUUUCUGAACCCGACGAAUGGCCAGCAUUUGCAAGUUAUCUAGAAGAUAUCAAGAUCCUACAAGGAAGUUUCCACAGCUCACAGCUUAUCCAUAUUCCACGGACUUUAAAUUCAAGGGCAGAUAGCCUCGCACGCAGUGCAAGGAAACAACCCUCGUUUGUAGUCCAUAUGGGUGCGGAGCUUCCAGUUUGGUUUACAGAGUCUAUAUGAGUCUGUUUGUUUGUUGCUGACAAAAAAAAAAAAAAAAAAAAAAAAUCUUACUAAGGA